GGAAGCGCGCCGCGGCAGAAGCGGAAGAUGGCGGCGGCGAAGCGCAGCGUCCUCUCGUCGCUGGCGGUUUACGCCGAGGAUUCGGACCCGGAGUCGGACAGCGAGGCCGGGACGGCGGGGAGCGACGGGGGAGCGGCUACAGGAGAGAAAGGAGGGCUGGUCUCGGUGGGGUACGGAGACGACGACUUCACCCGCCUGGAUGGGGACGAGGACGGAUACGAGGAAGAGGAUGAUGAGAACAGCAGGCAGUCAGAAGAUGACGAUUCAGAGACUGAAAAACCUGAGGCUGGUGACUUAAAGGAAUUCUCAGAACUGGAGAAGAGAGACCCUCAGGAGCUAGUUGCUUCCUUUUCAGAGAGAGUACGCAACAUGUCUCCAGAUGAGAUCAAAAUCCCUCCUGAGCCUCCUGGCAGAUGUUCUAACCACUUGCAGGAUAAAAUUCAAAAGCUGUAUGAGAGGAAGAUUAAAGAAGGGAUGGACAUGAACUACAUCAUUCAGAGGAAAAAGGAGUUCCGCAACCCCAGCAUCUAUGAAAAGCUGAUCCAGUUUUGUUCAAUUGAUGAACUUGGUACAAAUUAUCCAAAGGACAUGUUUGAUCCUCAUGGCUGGUCAGAGGAUUCAUAUUAUGAGGCACUAGCUAAAGCCCAGAAGAUUGAAAUGGACAAGCUGGAGAAGGCCAAGAAGGAACGUACAAAGAUUGAGUUUGUGACUGGCACGAAAAAGGGUACAACAACAAGCGCCCCUUCUACAACCACCACAACAGCCAGUACCACUGUGGGAGAUGCCCAGAAGAGAAAGAGCAAGUGGGACUCUGCCAUCCCUGUAACAACGAUAGCUCAGCCCACCAUCCUCACCACCACUGCAACGCUGCCAGGGGUUGUCACAGUGACCACCAGUGCAAGUGGAUCCAAAACUACAGUCAUAUCAGCUGUUGGCACCAUUGUGAAAAAGGCAAAGCAGUGACUGGUGUGCUGGGCCUGGAUUUUUGGACUUAAUUGUCAUUGAAGCCAUUGUUCUCAGAAGGGAGGGGUAGCUUUCACCGUUGGUAAGAGAUGACAAGAUACUUUGAAACAGACCACAGUUCCCAGUGGAGAGAAUGGGGGCAGGAGCAGACAUGCCAGCUGUGUGCCCACAGGAAUGGACCUCUGCUGAAAAUGCCUCUGCCUUUUCUUGCUGUGAGAAGAACCAGUCUGUGUGUGCUGUGCUGGAGGAAGGUGGUAGCUGAAGUCAGCUUGUAAAAGUUUGCUUGUUGAAUUACUGCAUUAGAUUAUUCUUUCCUGCUUGCAGGUCUGAUUUAGGGUGGGUUGGAGGGGGAAAGGCAAGUAGUAAAGGAAUAUCAGUAUUACCCUUGUGUGUUCUGGAUCAUAAUCAAGGGCUGCUAGCAGCUUGGAUAUGUACCUCUGUCACAUGGCUAACUCUCCCAAAGGAAUUAAAGCAGAGAAAGUUGGUCA